AUGCAGAACCUUGGCAAAAAGAACAACAGCUCAGUAUCCGAGUUCAUUCUCCUUGGCUUCUCCAGUGACUCAGAGGUCAGGAUGACCCUGUUCGCUUUCUUCCUCCUCCUCUACCUCACCACCCUUCUGGGCAAUGGACUCAUCAUCACCCUGAUCUACCUGGAUUCACACCUCCACACGCCCAUGUAUUUCUUUCUCAGUAUCCUCUCCUUGGUGGACAUGAGCUAUGUAACCACCACCAUGCCCCAGAUGUUGGCUAAUCUGGUGUGUCCAAGGAUGACUAUCUCUUGGGGAGCUUGUGUGGCCCAGAUGUUCAUCUUCCUGGUCCUGGGCAUUGCCGAGUGUGUCCUCUAUGCCAUUAUGGCCUAUGACAGAUAUGUAGCCAUUUGCUUCCCCCUUCACUACACCCUACUCAUGAGCCGUCCUGUUUGUAUCAAGAUGGUCACAGUCUGUGGGUCCAUCAGCAUAACUGGGGCCCUUAUCUACACUGUCUUCACCAUGCGCCUGCCUUUUUGUGGUCCCCACAAGAUUAACCACUUCUUCUGUGAGGUCCCUGCUGUUCUGAAGUUGGCCUGUGCAGACACAUCCCUCAAUGACCAGCUGGAUUUCAUCUUGGGUUUCAUCCUGCUGUUGGUCCCCCUCUCCCUCAUCCUGGCCUCUUAUGUUCGCAUCUUUAUCUCCAUCUUGAGAAUCCGUUCAUCCCAGGGGAGGCUCAAGUCCUUCUCUACAUGUGCUUCCCAUGUCACUGUCGUCACCAUGUUCUAUGGGCCAGCCAUGAUCAUGUACAUGAGGCCUGGCUCCUGGUACAACCCAGAGCGGGACAAGAAGCUAGCCCUGUUCUACAAUGUUGUCUCUGCCUUCCUGAACCCCAUCAUCUACAGCCUCCGAAACAAGGAUGUGAAGGGGGCCCUUCUGAAAGUACUUGGAAGACAGAUGGCUCAGUGA